UCUGCGGAGCCUUCCUCCAGGGCUUUUACGCGCAGAUCGCCUUUGCUCUCACUUCUAUGUACUUUAUCAGACUUGAUUUGUUUCUUUUAAAUCAUUAUAUUGAUCUAUGUUCAAACGUUUCUCCCAUCCAUGGAAAUGCUCCGUGCAGAUCGAUAAAGAGCCAAAUUCUGCUGAAUAUGAACUUUUUGCCAAGUGGAAUAUGUUUUUUUCUAUCGGUAGCAACCUGCUGGCUGACGGCCAAGGUCGAUGCGUCCUGGUGGUACAUGGGCACCCUGGGCUCUCAGGUGAUGUGUGACAACAUCCCUGGCCUGGUGAACAAACAGCGCCAACUCUGCCACCAGCACCCCAACGUGAUGCAGGUCAUCGGGGCCGGGAUGAAGGAGUGGAUCUCUGAGUGCCAGCACCAGUUCCGCAACCACCGCUGGAACUGCAACACAACAGCCAGGGACCACAACUUGUUUGGCCGUCUGCUGCUACGCGGCAGCCGAGAAGUUGCCUUUGUGUACGCCAUCUCCUCUGCAGGAGUGGUGUAUACUUUGGCCAGAGCUUGCAGCCAAGGCGACCUGGAUAGCUGUUCCUGUGACCCCACCAAGAAGGGCUCAUCGCAGGACUCCAAGGGCUCCUUCGACUGGGGAGGCUGCAGCGAUCAUGUGGAGCAUGCCAUUCAUUUCAGCCAAAUCUUUGUGGAUGCCAAAGACAGGAAGGAGAGAGAUGCCCGAGCGCUCAUGAACCUUCACAACAACAGAGCUGGCAGGAAGGCAGUUAGACGCUUCAUGACUUUACAAUGUAAAUGCCAUGGAGUCAGUGGCUCGUGCAGCAUCCGUACCUGCUGGCAGGCUAUGGCCGACUUCCGACGCACUGGUGACCAUCUGAGGAGGAGAUACAACAGUGCUGUGCAGGUCGCAGUCAAUCAGUAUGGAACUGGCUUCACAGCUGCGCACACACACUUCACACGUCCCAGCAAAAAUGAUCUGGUCUACAUGGAAGACUCACCAGACUACUGUAUACGGGACCCUCAGUCAGGGUCGAUGGGCACCGCGGGCCGGCUCUGCAGCCGGGCGUCCCGUGGCUCGGACGGCUGCGAGGUGAUGUGCUGCGGCCGAGGCUACAACACGGCGCGGAUCAGCCGCACCACCAAGUGCGAGUGCAAGUUCCACUGGUGCUGCGCCGUCCUCUGCAGAGACUGCCAGCAGCUGGUGGACGAGUUCACCUGCAAGUCCCACACAUGAUGCCGUCAGGACAGACAUGUUGAUGCCAACCGGAUAUGUUUCUAGGUAGACUUCCGUCUCUGCAGCUCCUCCAAAGCUACAAUUGUUCUACUUUGUGCUCCUUGCCAACUGCAGCUGCAGAAAAAGUUUUGGUAACACUUUAUUUGAGGGGUUGUGAAUACGACUGACGGUUUGAACACCGUCAUAAACAUGACAUAACUCAUGUCAUGAACAUGAGUUAGUCUUCAUGAGUAUUUAUGACUGUUGUCAUAAGGUGUAAAUCAUGACACUUUUAAUACAAAGUUGACAUUAUUCAAAAUGUCUUCAUUAUGGCAACUUGACAUUAACCAAGAAAUCAUGAUCUGACAUACAUUUAUUAAAGUUUUACAGAUUAAACUUUCAAAAUUAUGUAGUUUUAUGUUAUUAAAGCUGAAGUUUAAUCAGUAAUACUUUUAUAACACUUAGGAAAUCCAUACUUUUAUAAAAUAUGAAGCCUCGUCUGAAAUAUGAAAUGAUUUCUCUUGAAGAAUUGAACCAAAGUCACCGACAAAACACCUUGAAG